CUCCAAAAGAAUGGGAAGAGUAAACAGACAGCAAUUUGCGCAUGGUUGUAAAACGGAGGCUGCUAAAUGUGCGAGGGCGUAUAUUGAUUGUUUUGCAAAAACAUUUCGCGAUUUCCUUUGAGUCUGUCAUGGGGUUUGAGAUACACCGGCGUUGAAUCCUUUUUUAUUCUUGAUGCUGUGUUAUUAACGUCUCAUUAGGCUGGCGUCGACAGUUUGACGCGUUCUUCUCCCUGAUUACCUUCAAAUAUUCGUUUGUGUACAGGUUGAAUCACUAACCGUUUUUGACGAGCUCUACGAGUCAUCUUUUGCGAAUCAGUAGAAACAGUGUGGAAAGAACUUCUGCUUGACGCAGAUCUGUACCCUUGUAGAGUUUUCGAACUAAGGAUUUAUCCUUACCGGUUGACUGUUUUUUUCUCGCGAAGCGUUUCAAGGUUGUGAGUUUUGUUGUUUUUCUUCGAUCACCAAUUGAUCAUUGUCAGAUUGGCGUGGUUGGGUGAGCUGACGAGUUAGUCCUAAGGCCUAGAUUUUCGUCAGUAUCCACAAGGAUCAGAAUAUAUUUUUUGCAGAAUCUGUAGAGACCGUACAAAGAAGUUCAUAAUGUGUGUCGUUAGUCGUCAUUUUGGAUACUUGGCGAUGUAUUUGUUAUGGUAACCAUCUAUUAGUCGUAAGAUGUCUCUAUUCAACCAUGUUAGGACGCGUCAAAUCACUCCUAAGUCUCUAAAAGAGUCGCUUGUGACUGAGCUUAAAACAAGACAGUUCCCGAACUUGUUAAAACAAAGGGAAAUUUCAUUAGGGAGAACAGAUAAAGUAUUUGCAUCACGAUGGUUGGACUAUAAGAAAGUGGUCUGUGGCACAAAAUCAAAUGAGCUUCUUGUGUUGGACAUGUUUUCGGAUUGGAUUCUCUCCAUACCAGUUUUAGAGGGUAGUCCUGGCAGUGAGGUUCCUGAAUUCAACUGUGGGAUACAUAGCAUUGAAAUAAGUCCUUCAAAAACAUUAUUAGCCACAAGUGGUCAAAAUCCAAAUCAUUUAGCAGUUUACAGACUGCCAACAUUUGAUCCAGUCUGUGUUGGAGAGGGACACACUGACUGGGUGUUUUCUGUGGAAUGGAUUGACGAUUUUCAUUUAGCAACAGGAUCACGAGAUGGUAGGGUUGCCUUGUGGUGUGUCCAAGAUCCUGCCAGCUUGUCAGGAGACAGCAAUCAGUUAAAACCGUGUAUCAAGCAUCCUGCAAGCAAACUCCACAGCACUUUACCACAUUUGUGUGGUAAAGACAAGAUUAGGGAUAUUGUUUAUGAUAGAAACUCUCAGACUCUUAUUUCAUUAUCUUCGCGUGGCUAUGUACAUCUCUGGGACAUGAAAAACUGUCAAGUGAGAAGUACUUUCUCCCUGAAGUAUCCUAUGGAAACAGUAUGUCUUGCACUGGAGAAAGACAACAAUUUAUUUGCAGUUGGUUCACAGUCACAUGUUUCCUUUUAUGAUCCAAGGUGUGGCACUGCUGUAGGAUACAUAGGGUCACGUGACCCAGGAGCGGGUGUACGUUCGUUGAGUUUCCGAGAUCUAUUGCUGACUGUUGGUACCGGAUGUGGGUCUCUAUUUUUCUUCGAUAUGAGAGCUUCUAAAUUCCUAAGAAACACAGAGAGCACAAUGAUCUGUUUUAGAUCAGGAAAAGGCUGGCUGCGGGAAGAGUUUCAGGAUGAUUAUGUGUUGGAACAUGCACUUGUCUGUCGGAGCAACGCCAUCUACACGCACUGUUACGAUCCAACAGGUACGAAGCUAUUCGCGGCCGGAGGGCCACUCUCUCUGGUCUAUUAUGGUAACUACGCAGCUCUUUGGGAGUAACACUGGGAAUGAAAUUUCACCGAGUGAUUGUUUUCUUGCCUUGUCAAUGGGGUAAUGUUGCCUCUUACCUUCAUAAAUUGUGUAUGAACACUCGGAAACGUCAAGGACAACGAACCUCUGUCUCCACAGUGACCUGAGCUAACAAACAAUGUGGUGGUACUUGGAGACUGAAAUGCUAUAUGAAACCUCGAGUUUGCAAUGAUUGGAAAGGACUGUCGGCUAAAACAUGUCAACCUUGACUAGACUCCUUUAGUUCCUUGAACUUUAAAAGUAAAUAGUAAUUUACAAAUGAGGAAAAUUAUCAGGAAGAAGAUUAAGUGCACAGUAUUGAUAAUUCUUCCUCAAAAGAAUCGUGUAUCCGAAAUUCCCCGCGUUAAAAUCAACAAAACUAAGGUGUAUAUAUGGAGGCGAGAAUCAAUUCCGCAGGUUUCACAAAUAGAGUGUUGAACGCGAACCUAGACUGUAUUGUAUUCUUUACUUUUUUUCUCUGUGAUUGGUCCUGAUUGCAGAAUGCGCGAGGGUGAUUGAUAAUUGUAUGAAUGUGUGGUAUUAUCGAACUUUUUGAAUAAAUGUAUGAAAAAAAAAAGACUGCAGCUAUAUGAAUCACUUGGAAAUAAAGGUCAUUUACAAGAGAAAGAUGCUAAAAGUAUGUGAGCUAAAUUUCGUGAUACGAUGCUAUCAUGUGAGUGUAUAAAUGUUGGAAUAAAUGGUGGGAUAUUUU